AUGGAUGCUGUUAUUAGUGCCACCGCUCAAGUGACAGUGGAGAAGUUGCUUGCAUCCGCCACUUCAGAGUUGAGUCUGGUGUGGAGUUUCAAGAAAGACUUGAGAAAGUUGGGCAGAUCUUUGAAAAUGAUGGAUCUUGUCUUACAAGAUGCUGAGAAACGGGAAGUUACCAAUGAGGCUGUUAAACUCUGGCUUAAGAAUCUUCGAGAUGUUACUUACGAUGCUGCUCAUGUCCUGGAUAAGAUCAACUAUGAAAAUAUGCGUAGUAAGGUGGAGAUCCAAAACCAGACUAAGAUAAGGGGGUGCUUAAACAUCUUUUCCUUAACCCCCCCUUUGGCAUUCCAAUGGAGAAUGGCUCGCAGGAUCAAAGACAUCAACAUGGACUUGAAAACGAUCGAAGAUGAUGCUAAUACCUAUGACCUCCGAGUUGCGGAUUAUGCUCCCCUUGUUCCUCUGGUCAUGGAAACUGAUAGCAUAACUGUUGAUUCAAAUGUCGUCGGAAGAGACGCUAAUCAAGCAGAAAUUUUGGAGCUGAUAACCAACACAAACGACUCAGUUAUUUCAGUCCUUCCCAUAGUUGGAAUGGGAGGGCUUGGCAAGACAACUCUAGCUCGGUCGGUCUUCAAUCAUGAGAGCACAAAGAGUCUUUUUGGUGAAAAGAUUUGGGGAAUUGGCAGUCUUCGCAACUUAAGAAAAUUGGACAUUGGUAAAUUCUCAGAAUCAAUUGAUUUCAACUCAUUCCAAGCUGCUCUCGACGGCAUCCAACAAUCCAAAUCUCUCUGGCAUUUGACUUUAUAUGGUUGGGAACAUUGGGACUCAUUGCCAUAUCAAAUUCAGCAUCUCACUUCGCUCACAAAUUUAUAUUUAGUAGGUUUUGGAAAUGAAGCAUUGCCAGAGUGGUUUGGGGGUCUGUCAUCUCUUUUUACAUUAGAACUAAUUAACUUUAAAAAGCUUAGGCAUAUGCCCUCUAAGGAAGCGAUGCAACGCCUAACCGGGCUAAGAAGUUUAUCUGUUUAUCGCUGUCCAUUGUUGGAGAAGAGUUGCAGGGAAGAAAGAGGCCCAGAGUGGUCAAAGAUUUCACAUAUUCCUAACAUAUGGAUGGGGCAAACGUGGUUAAAAAGAUGUCAAGUAUGGUAA